CGUAACCGUUCCUACAAGUUCUUGGGACAAAAGCUGACGCAUCAUGAAUCUGAAAAACAGACAUAGCACUUUAAUGUUCAUCAUUGCGAUAACUAUUUCUGCGGGUGGCACAUCGCAGAAUAAUUUCGGCACUCCCGACUUUCGUCUAUCUACGAACACAACGAUACCGAUCCACUACACCAUAAAGCUCAUUCCUUACUACAACAUGUACGAUUCCAAUGAGACGAUAUCAAAAAACUAUAACCCCGAUUCGUGGGUUGAGGGAGAAUGCGCUAUAACUAUAAAUAUCUUAAAAUCUACAAAAUCCAUACAAAUAGAUGCAAUAAGUUUGGUAACUAAUCUCGAAACGAUGUUAUUUACAAGAGAUGAAUUAGUUCAUGUACUGCAGAUAUAUGCAAAGCCUACUCCGCACACUUUAGUCUUUCGCUCCAAAGAUACAAUAUUUCCUGGAAUUUACACUUGGAAAAUGCAUUUUACCGGUGUAAGAAACUAUGACAGUGCCGAAGGCUUCUUCAAAUCUUCCUACGUAACCAAAGGCAGAGAUAGAGAGUGAGUAGAAACUAGGAUCAACACAUUGUAAUAUUGUCGAUAAUUAUUCCUUCUAUUUUUCUUAUAAAUUGAUCCGGUCCCAGUGAGAAAUGAUUUGUCGGUAAUAAUAACAAUUUAACGAAAUAUGAUAGAUGGGUGAUCGCAACAAACAUUCAGACAAUUGGAGCACGACGAUUAUUUCCUUGUUGGGACGAUCCGCAAUUAAGAACCACUUUUGACAUCUCUGUAAAGCACUUCGGUAAUUCUUAUGCUUUAUCCAAUAUGCCGAGACGCUAUACUGAGGAUUGGUUUGAUAAUAUGAUAUGGACACACUUCUAUACUACACCUCUAAUUUCCACUCAUCAUGUUGCGAUUACAGUAACGAAUUUUACCCCAAUUCGCAUUAAUAAAAAUAUUUCUUUGUGGUGCAGAAAAUAUUCAAAAGAGCAUUUCUCAUUCGCAAUGCAUGUUAUAGAAAAUAUUACGUCGUACAUGAACUCCCAAUUUAGAGAACUACAGAUAAUUCCAAAAAUAGAUCAUUUUGUAAUUCCAAAUUUUCCACAAGAUGGUACAUCGAAGUGGGGACUCAUCUUUUAUAGGGAAGCAGAUGUUAUCUACAAUAAGCAAUUGGAUCCAGUCAUGCACAAAAUAGAAGUUGCACGUUGUAUAGCACAUAAAAUAGCAUAUCAAGUAUUUGGUAACAUAGUUAGUCCAUUACGAUGGUCUUAUUUGUGGUUACACGACGGUCUCGCUACUAUAUUUGGAGAAGAAGCCACCGCUCAGGCUUUCAAUAAUUAUGGAAUAAUGGAUUUCUUCAUUGUUCGGAAUCAAUACGAAGCUCUCAAUUUAGAUUCUCAUUUUGAUAUGAAUCCCCCACAAGUAAAUCUAUCGGAGAUCAAUUCUCUUUUCAAUUUUCCUCGUUACAUGAAAGUACCUAUUGUUUUACGGAUGCUCAAAAAUAUGAUGUUCGAUCAUGUAUUACGAAAAGGCGUCGACGUAUAUUUAAACAAGUAGUGAGUAACAACUAAUAUUAAUAUAAUAAUUACUACAAGGAUGUUAUACAAGCUAAUACCAUUAGUUUAAUACUACUAAAUUUUCGUAAACAUUUUCUUUGUUUUCUCACGUAUGCAAUGUUUCUGUACAAAUUCUAUAAGUUU